AUGGAGUACUUGAAAUGUAAGUGCGGUGAUUUAACGCACGAGUCUGACAUGGUAGUGAAGCUAGAUUCUCAGGCCAUUCGAAAAAGGGAUAGUUUCAAGUAUCUUGGAUCGAAUAGAGAGAUCGAUGAGGAUGUCAUGCGUCGUAUUGAUGCAUGGUGGUUGAAAUGGAGGCUCGCUUCGAAAGUCUUAUAUGAUAAGAAAGUGUCUCCUAAGCUUAAAGAGUGUUGGCCAGUUAAAAACUCUCACAUUCAAACCUUGAAGGUGACAAAGAUGAGGAUCUUAGAGAUGGACUUCGAUGGAAGACAAGAUGUCGAAAGUGAGAUGCGGAGGUGCACAAAUGUUCCGGUACAGAGGUGUGAGAAGCUGACGUGA